UUCCCAUCCCAACCUGGUUUACCCCUUCCUCUGCUCUCUCCCUCUAUCCGGCAGUCUUCCCUCCUCCCGUUUGCGUUGCAAAACACGGCCAUGCCUUCUGCAAAGGUGUCGCGAUGCACUUCCCCAAAUAACCAGUCCGGCGCGCCAGCCCCUAGCCGCCCUCCGGCUGCGGGGCGCACUCGGAGCCCAGUGCCCCGGGUGCCCCGCUCCAGGCCUUGCAAUCUGAGCUCGGUUGCACCGCGAGGGCCGGACGCUGUAGUGCAGGCUCCAGGAGAAACCGGUGCCCUGGUCUGGGCACUCGGGCCGGUUUCCGGUACACGCGGGGAAAUCGCCUCCUGCCAGUGUCUGCGCGCUCGCCCCCGCCGCCUGGAUUGCAUUAUUAUUUUUAUCCGGGUUGCAGUUUGCAGCUGAUCUUGCUCAGUAUCAUCGUGCUGACUGGCAGAGACAGGAGAAGUAGAUGUCCACACCCACAGACCCUGCUGCGAUGCCCCACCCAGGGCCUUCGCCAGGGCCCGGACCCUCUCCUGGACCAAUUCUCGGACCUAGUCCAGGACCUGGACCAUCCCCAGGUUCUGUCCACAGUAUGAUGGGGCCAAGUCCUGGACCUCCAAGUGUCUCACACCCUAUGCCUACCAUGGGGUCUACUGAUUUCCCACAGGAAGGCAUGCAUCAGAUGCAUAAGCCCAUGGACGGGAUCCACGACAAGGCCAUCGCAGAAGAUAUGCACUGUGGGUCCAUGAAGGGCACCGGUAUGCGGCCACCUCACCCAGGAAUGGGCCCUCCCCAGAGUCCCAUGGAUCAACACAGCCAAGGUUAUAUGUCGCCGCACCCCUCUCCCCUGGGAGCCGCCGAGCAUAUCUCCAGCCCCAUGUCAUCGGGAGGCGGCCCGACUCCACCCCAGAUGCCACAGAACCAGCCAGGGCCCCUCAUCCCUGGUGACCCGCAGGCGAUGAACCAGCCCAACAGAGGUCCCUCUCCUUUCAGUCCUGUCCAGCUGCAUCAGCUGCGAGCUCAGAUUUUAGCUUACAAAAUGCUGGCCCGGGGCCAGCACCUCCCUGAAACGCUGCAGCUUGCAGUCCAGGGGAAAAGGACAUUGCCCGGCAUGCAGCAGCCGCCGCCGCCGCAGCAGCCGCCGCCCCAGCCGCAGCAGCCGCAGCAGCAGGCCCUUGUUAACUUCAACAGACCAUCUGGCCCUGGGCCAGAGCUGAGCGGCCCGAGCACCCCGCAGAAGCUGCCAGUGCCCGCGCCCAGCGGCCGGCCCUCACCUGCGCCCCCCGCAGCAGCUCAGCCGCCCACGGCCGCAGUGCCCGGGCCCUCUGUGCCGCAGCCCGCCCCCGGGCAGCCCUCGCCCAUCCUGCAGCUGCAGCAGAAGCAGAGCCGGAUUAGCCCCAUUCAGAAACCUCAAGGCCUGGACCCCGUGGAGAUUCUGCAGGAGCGGGAAUAUAGACUUCAGGCUCGCAUAGCUCACAGGAUACAAGAACUGGAAAAUCUGCCUGGCUCUUUGCCACCAGAUUUACGAACCAAAGCAACCGUAGAACUGAAAGCACUUCGAUUACUCAAUUUCCAGCGUCAGCUGAGGCAGGAGGUGGUGGCCUGCAUGCGACGGGACACCACCCUGGAGACGGCUCUCAACUCCAAAGCCUACAAGCGGAGCAAGCGCCAGACCCUGCGGGAAGCCCGCAUGACGGAGAAGCUGGAGAAGCAGCAGAAGAUCGAGCAGGAGAGGAAGCGCCGGCAGAAGCACCAGGAAUACCUGAACAGUAUUUUGCAACAUGCAAAAGAUUUUAAGGAGUACCAUCGGUCUGUGGCCGGGAAGAUCCAGAAGCUUUCCAAAGCCGUGGCAACUUGGCAUGCCAACACCGAAAGGGAGCAGAAGAAAGAGACAGAGCGGAUUGAAAAGGAGAGAAUGCGCAGAUUGAUGGCUGAAGAUGAAGAAGGCUACAGAAAACUGAUUGAUCAAAAGAAAGACAGGCGUCUAGCUUACCUGUUACAGCAGACUGACGAGUAUGUGGCCAACCUGACCAACCUGGUGUGGGAGCACAAGCAAGCCCAAGCAGCCAAGGAGAAGAAGAAGAGGAGGAGGAGGAAGAAGAAGGCCGAGGAGAAUGCGGAGGGAGGAGAGUCCGCCCUGGGACCAGACGGAGAGCCCAUAGAUGAGAGCAGUCAGAUGAGUGACCUUCCUGUCAAAGUAACUCACACAGAAACCGGCAAGGUCCUGUUCGGACCAGAAGCACCCAAAGCAAGUCAGCUGGACGCCUGGUUGGAAAUGAAUCCUGGUUACGAAGUUGCGCCCAGAUCCGACAGCGAAGAGAGCGAUUCUGAUUAUGAGGAGGAGGAUGAGGAAGAGGAGUCCAGCCGGCAGGAAACCGAAGAGAAAAUACUUCUGGAUCCCAACAGUGAAGAAGUUUCCGAGAAGGAUGCCAAGCAGAUCAUUGAGACAGCUAAGCAAGACGUAGAUGACGAAUACAGCAUGCAGUGCAGCGCCCGGGGCUCCCAGUCCUACUACACAGUGGCUCACGCCAUCUCCGAGAGGGUGGAGAAGCAGUCUGCCCUCCUCAUUAACGGGACCCUGAAGCACUAUCAGCUCCAGGGCCUGGAAUGGAUGGUUUCCCUGUAUAAUAACAAUUUGAACGGAAUCUUAGCAGAUGAAAUGGGGCUGGGAAAGACCAUACAGACCAUCGCACUCAUCACGUAUCUGAUGGAGCACAAAAGACUCAACGGCCCCUAUCUCAUCAUUGUUCCCCUUUCGACUCUAUCUAACUGGACAUAUGAAUUUGACAAAUGGGCUCCUUCUGUGGUGAAAAUUUCUUACAAGGGCACCCCAGCUAUGCGGCGCUCCCUUGUCCCCCAGCUGCGGAGUGGCAAAUUCAACGUCCUCUUGACUACUUAUGAGUACAUUAUAAAAGACAAGCACAUUCUUGCAAAGAUUCGGUGGAAAUACAUGAUCGUGGAUGAAGGCCACCGGAUGAAGAAUCACCACUGCAAGCUGACUCAGGUCUUGAACACGCACUAUGUGGCCCCCAGAAGGAUCCUGUUGACUGGGACCCCACUGCAGAAUAAGCUCCCGGAACUCUGGGCUCUCCUCAACUUCCUCCUCCCCACAAUUUUCAAGAGCUGCAGCACAUUCGAACAGUGGUUUAACGCUCCUUUUGCCAUGACCGGAGAAAGGGUGGAUUUGAAUGAAGAAGAAACUAUAUUGAUCAUCCGGCGUCUCCAUAAAGUGUUGAGACCAUUUUUACUGAGGAGAUUGAAGAAAGAAGUGGAAUCCCAGCUUCCAGAAAAGGUUGAAUACGUGAUCAAGUGUGACAUGUCAGCUCUGCAGAAGAUUCUGUAUCGCCACAUGCAGGCCAAAGGGAUCCUCCUCACUGAUGGUUCUGAGAAAGAUAAGAAGGGGAAAGGAGGUGCCAAGACCCUUAUGAACACCAUCAUGCAGCUGAGGAAAAUCUGCAAUCAUCCUUACAUGUUUCAGCACAUCGAGGAAUCCUUUGCUGAACACCUGGGCUAUUCAAAUGGGGUCAUCAAUGGGGCUGAGCUGUAUCGGGCCUCAGGAAAGUUUGAGCUACUUGAUCGUAUUCUGCCAAAGUUGAGAGCGACUAAUCACCGCGUGCUGCUUUUCUGCCAGAUGACGUCUCUCAUGACCAUCAUGGAGGAUUACUUUGCUUUUCGGAACUUCCUUUACCUGCGCCUCGACGGCACCACCAAGUCUGAAGAUCGUGCUGCUUUAUUGAAGAAAUUCAACGAACCUGGGUCCCAGUAUUUCAUCUUCCUGCUGAGCACGAGAGCUGGAGGCCUGGGCUUAAAUCUCCAGGCCGCUGACACCGUGGUCAUCUUCGACAGCGACUGGAACCCUCACCAGGACCUGCAGGCACAGGACCGGGCUCACCGCAUCGGCCAGCAGAACGAGGUCCGGGUGCUGAGACUCUGCACUGUGAACAGCGUGGAGGAAAAGAUCCUGGCAGCGGCCAAGUACAAGCUCAACGUGGACCAGAAGGUGAUCCAGGCAGGCAUGUUCGACCAGAAGUCAUCAAGCCACGAGCGGAGGGCAUUCCUGCAGGCCAUCCUGGAGCAUGAGGAGGAGAAUGAGGAAGAAGAUGAAGUACCGGACGAUGAGACUCUGAACCAGAUGAUCGCUCGGCGAGAAGAAGAAUUUGAUCUUUUUAUGCGCAUGGACAUGGACCGGCGGAGGGAGGAUGCCCGGAACCCAAAGCGCAAGCCUCGCCUGAUGGAGGAGGACGAGCUGCCUUCCUGGAUCAUCAAAGAUGACGCCGAGGUGGAAAGGCUUACGUGUGAGGAGGAGGAGGAGAAGAUCUUCGGUAGGGGCUCUCGCCAGCGCCGGGACGUGGACUACAGCGACGCCCUCACGGAGAAGCAGUGGCUGCGGGCCAUUGAAGACGGCAAUUUGGAGGAAAUGGAAGAGGAAGUACGGCUUAAGAAGCGAAAAAGACGAAGAAAUGUGGAUAAAGAUCCUGCAAAAGAAGAUGUAGAAAAAGCUAAGAAAAGAAGAGGCCGCCCUCCCGCUGAGAAACUAUCGCCAAACCCCCCCAAACUGACAAAGCAGAUGAACGCCAUCAUCGAUACUGUCAUAAACUACAAAGACAGGUGUAACGUGGAGAAGGUGCCCAGUAAUUCUCAGUUGGAAAUAGAAGGAAACAGUUCAGGGCGACAGCUCAGUGAAGUCUUCAUUCAGUUACCUUCAAGGAAAGAAUUACCAGAAUACUAUGAAUUAAUUAGGAAGCCGGUGGAUUUCAAAAAAAUAAAGGAAAGAAUCCGUAAUCAUAAGUACCGGAGCCUGGGUGACCUGGAGAAAGAUGUCAUGCUUCUCUGUCAUAACGCCCAGACGUUCAACUUGGAGGGAUCCCAGAUCUACGAAGACUCCAUCGUCUUACAGUCAGUGUUCAAGAGUGCACGGCAGAAAAUUGCCAAAGAGGAAGAGAGUGAGGAUGAAAGCAAUGAAGAGGAGGAAGAGGAAGAUGAAGAGGAGUCGGAGUCGGAGGCAAAAUCUGUUAAGGUGAAAAUCAAGCUCAAUAAAAAAGAUGAGAAAGGUCGGGACAAAGGAAAAGGCAAGAAAAGGCCAAAUCGAGGAAAAGCCAAACCUGUGGUGAGCGACCUGGACAGUGACGAGGAACGGGAUGAAAAUGAACAGUCAGAAGCAAGUGGGACCGAUGACGAGUGAUGGAUAAGGACCCGUUUCCUUGGCAGAACUGAAUUCCUUCCUCCCCUCUCAUUUCUACCCAGUGAGUUCAUUUGUCACAUGGGCACUGGGCUGUUUCUAUAUCAUCAUCUAUAAACUAGCUUUAGGAUAGUGCCAGACAAACAUAUGAUAUCAUGGUGUAAAAAAACACGCACACACACACAAAUAUUUGUAACAUACUGUGACCAAACGGGCCGCAAAGAUUCAAAGAUUAAAACAAACAAAAUAAAGCUUUUGAUGGAAAAUAUGUGGGUGGAUAGUAUAUUUCUAUGGGUGGGUCUAAUUUGGUAAUGGUUUGAUUGUGCCUGGUUUUAUCACCUGUUCAGAUGAGAAGAUUUUUUGUCUUUUUGUAGCACUGAUAACCAGGAGAAGCCAUUAAAAGUCACUGGUUAUUUUAUUUUUCAUCAGGCAAUUUUCAAGAUUUUUGUUCGGUAUUGUUUUGUUUUGUUUUUUACACUGUGGUACAUAUAAGCAACUUUAAUAGGUGAUUAAUGUACAGUAGUUAGACUUCACCUGCAUAGACAUUUUUCCAUUUUAUGCUCUAUGAUCUGAAAAAAAAAUGCUUUUUGAAUUGUAUAAGAUUUAUGUCUACUGUAAACAUUGCUUAAUUUUUUUUUUUUUUUUGCUCUUGAUUAAAAAAAGGUUUUGUUGAAAAUGCUAUUGAAUAUUGCAAUCUAUAUAGUGCAUUGGAUGGCUUUUUUUGUCAACCUGAUCUCCUAUGUUACCAAUAUGUAUCGUCUCCUCCCUAAAGUGUACUUAAUCUUUGCUUUCUUUGCACAAUGUCUUUGGUUGCAAGUCAUAAGCCUGAGGCAAAUAAAAUUCCAGUAAUUUCCAAGAAUGUGGUGUUGGUGCUUUCCUAAUAAAGAGAUAAGUUAGCUGAACUAACAUUGCUUCUUGUUUUCAAGUUCUAAAGGACUGAAACCUUAGUGUCUGAAGGACAGUCUCCUGCAAAGGGCUGGACAGGCUCUUGCUACGGAACAUUUGGUAGGAAAAAAAUGAGAGAGAGACAGCCAGGCAGUCUGCUGAAAUGAACCAGGUGUGUCUCAAGGGAGAGGAGUCUGUUACUCUGGGGACUUCAGACCUGAACAACAGAAGA